CUGGUGUCAUUGGAUGAAACAAAACCUCGCCGCCGCCCUCACGUCACUAGCAGGACAAUUAUCAGCAGACUGGCUCUGCCAUGGAUGAAUCGGAAGAUGGAGAUGAGGACCUGGCAUUUCAAAAGCCAGUGCAUCCAUUGAUGGCAUGGGUGGAUGGCAGAAGGGGCAGCAGUUGUGUUGGUGAUGUUGGCGAGGAUGAUGGCAGUGUUGGUGUAAGGAAUUCCGCACCAGGAGGGGGAGCCGCGGUAACAGCGAGCAAGAUUUCAAACAACAAUGAUUUAUCAUCGGGAGGCAAGGAUUCCACUCCUCUCACUUCUUCAGGCACCACAACAUCUGUGGUGCUCCGUGGGAAAGAUGCGUGUGGAUGUGGUGCGUGCAUCCUCAGAGGCGGAGGAGACUUCACACAUGGAGUGAGAGGGACCACCGUCACCAGGUUGCACAAUGGGCUUGGAGGUGAAGAAGAUGCCCCCGGCAUGACAUGCAACCAAAACGGAGAUUGCAUUAGAGACACUAUCGGUCCGGGGAGCUCGCCGUCAAUUGUCCCCAAACAAGAGGCGCAGACAGGUGGUGGAGUUGCGGCUGACGACAACCUGAAAACAACCGCGUGUAAUUCCACCACCACCACCACCACCAUGGACGGCUCGAUAACUCCUGCCGGGUUCUCGGUACAAGCUGCCGAGACGGGUAGCAUCGGGGGCGCAACCGCUGCCAGUGGCGUUUCUGAGAAAAAGGACUCCAGAGUUUCCUUCUCCAAUGCCCCGAGUAGGAAAGCCUCCUCUUCCGUGCCAGGCUUUGGGUCUGGACCGAGUCAGCCCCAUGCCAGGAGCUCUGUCACCUUCUCCAAGUCCGAGGACGGACCUCAUCUUUUGGCGGAGGAUGUGGACCCAAAAGACAAUCAAACUUACAUGCAGAGACAGUUCAGUGCUAUGCUGCAGCCAGGAGUUAACAAGUUUUCAUUGCGAAUGUUUGGGAGCCAAAAAGCGGUGGAAAGAGAACAGGAGAGAGUCAAAUCAGCUGGCAACUGGAUUAUCCAUCCAUACAGCGACUUCAGGUUCUACUGGGACUUCACGAUGCUGCUGUUCAUGGUGGGGAACCUGAUCAUCAUCCCGGUGGGCAUCACCUUCUUCAAGGAGGAGACCACCAUGCCCUGGAUCCUCUUCAACGUGGUGUCCGACACCUUCUUCCUGGUGGACCUGGUGCUCAACUUCCGCACGGGCAUCGUUUUCGAGGACAACACCGAGAUCAUCCUGGACCCCAAGAAGAUCAAGCAGAAGUACCUGAAGACCUGGUUCCUGGUGGACUUUGUCUCCUCCAUCCCCGUGGAUUACAUCUUCCUCAUCGUGGAGAAGGGCAUGGACUCGGAGGUCUACAAGACGGCCAGGGCGCUGCGCAUCGUCAGGUUCACCAAGAUCUUGAGCUUGCUGAGGCUGCUGCGGCUCUCCAGGCUCAUUCGCUACAUACACCAGUGGGAGGAGAUCUUCCACAUGACGUAUGACCUGGCGAGUGCGGUGGUGCGCAUCUUCAACCUGAUCGGCAUGAUGCUGCUGCUGUGCCACUGGGACGGCUGCCUCCAGUUCCUGGUGCCCAUGCUGCAGGACUUCCCUGCCGACUGCUGGGUCUCGCUCAACAGGAUGGUGAACGACUCGUGGAGCGAGCUGUACUCCUUCGCCCUGUUCAAGGCCAUGAGCCACAUGUUGUGUAUCGGGUACGGGCGGCAGGCCCCGGAGAGCAUGUCGGACAUCUGGCUGACCAUGCUCAGCAUGAUCGUGGGGGCCACCUGCUACGCCAUGUUCAUUGGCCACGCCACCGCCCUCAUCCAGAGCCUCGACUCCUCCCGACGCCAGUACCAGGAGAAGUACAAGCAAGUGGAGCAGUACAUGUCCUUCCACAAGCUUCCCGCGGACUUUCGGCAGAAGAUCCAUGAUUACUACGAGCACCGCUACCAGGGGAAGAUGUUUGAUGAGGAGAGCAUCUUGGAGGAGCUCAAUGAGCCUCUCAGAGAGGAAAUAGUCAACUUCAACUGCCGCAAGCUGGUGGCCUCCAUGCCUCUGUUUGCCAAUGCCGACCCUAACUUCGUGACAGCCAUGCUGACCAAGCUGCGCUUCGAGGUGUUCCAGCCGGGCGACUACAUCAUCCGCGAGGGCACCAUUGGGAAGAAGAUGUACUUCAUCCAGCACGGGGUCACCAGCGUGCUCACCAAGGGCACCAUGGGAAUGAAGCUCUCCGAUGGAUCCUACUUUGGAGAGAUCUGUCUGCUGACGCGGGGGAGGCGUACGGCCAGCGUGCGGGCGGACACCUACUGCCGCCUCUACUCCCUCUCCGUGGACAACUUCAACGAGGUGCUGGAGGAGUACCCUCAGAUGCGGAGAGCCUUCGAAACCGUGGCCAUCGACAGACUCAAUAGAAUAGGCAAAAAGAAUUCUGUGCUCAUGCACAAGGUGCAGCACGAUCUGAACUCCGGCAUCUUCAACAACCGCGAGAACGAGAUGAUCCAGGAGAUUGUCAAGUACGACCGGGAGAUGGUCAAGCAGGUGGAUCUGCAGCGCCCGCGGGCCAUGUCCAUGACCCCCUCCCUGCAGGGCGCCAGCAGCCUCUUCUCCUCCUCGCCCUCCGGUGCCCAGGCCGCGGGCAGCUCCGCCAUCGCCACCUUGCAGCAGGCCGUGGCCAUGAGCUUCUGCCCGCAGUUCGCCACCCAGCCUCUAGGGAACGCCGGUCUGGGCGGCGCGAGUGGGUCCGGGUCUGGCACCUUGCAGUCUCCGAGGAUGUUGCGGCGCUUCCAGCUGCUGCAGAACGUCUCCAGCCCCGCCUCCACCGUGCCGCUGCAGCCGGCCACGCACCCCGCGCUCUCAGCCGCCAUGUUCUCCUCGCCCUCGCACAGCCCCCUGGCCGCAGCGGGCAGGACUUUCCAGUACAGCUCCGGCGCUGCGGGAGGAGCAGGGGCAGCAGGAGGAGGAGGUGGGACAAUGCUGUCAGGCUCACAGCUGUCACUAGUCCAGCAGCAGCAGCAACAGCAGCACAUGCCCAGCCCGACGCACCGGCCCUCGCCACACCGGAGGAGCACGCACUCCUUACAGGAUGCCCGGGCGCUGUCGGCCUCCCAGCCCUCGCUCCCAAACGACGGAGGCCUGGGCAUACAGAUGUCGGCACUGGGCAUGGGCAUGGGGAUGGGGAUGGGCCUGGCAGGCACAGGGGCAGGGGCUGGGGCAGGGGCAGCCCCGAGUCCACCUCAGUCCACGCGGGUCUCCUCCACCUCAAUAGGCCCUCCUCCGCCCCUGGCCCUCGCUGGCAUGGUGGGACCCAUGACAUUCAGGAGUACCAUGCCACAAAGGGUGGCGCUGACCCACCAGAUGUCCAUGGGAGCGUUCCCGCCAGCCGCCCUGCCCCCGCUCAGGCCUGUCCAGCCCCAUGAGUCCGGCGGACUGCCCAAGAAAGACUCCAUAGUCAGCCUUCCAGAGACGGACCAAAUCAGAUCACGGCUAUCUUCCAAUCUGUGAUCUAGUGUGGGGUGCAGAGGAUUCUGGGGCCAGGG